CAGUUUCAGUAUCCCAGAGGAGUGGACCGAGGUUUUACUCUUCUUUCGAUGUGGAUAAAUUGUUUUUAUUUUGCUGAAUGAAGAGUCAAUUCACCUUAUGGCGACUGGAAAAGCUGAGCAACAACGUCCGCAUAGGAAAACCUGGAGAAAUAGUGAACACUUUUCAUGCAGACUGUUCUUCUGCUCAUGUCUAUGUGGUAAGAAGGAGAAGCAAAUGAAGAUUAAUGACGGUCGCCUGCAUUCACACCUGGAUGAACAGGGAUCAGGUGAGAAGAAUGUGGUCCAUAUUACAGUGGAGGAUCUGGGAAUAGAUAACAGCAGCUUCAGCCUAAGGGAUGAGGACCCCCUGACCCUGAGGAACAGCAUGGCCCACUCGUUCAGCUCUGCAUCAGCCUGUUCAAGAGCUCUGAAAAAGAAAGGACUAACAGCUCUGUCCACACUUGUUUUAAAGCCCCAGGCUGAACCAUCAGCAGCCAUUGGCUACAAACAGGGCAAUGAAGCAGGGGAACAAUUUCAGCCAGUGUCUAAAAAUUAUCCUGAUGGAACAUCUGGUUCUGGAGGCCUCCUGACAACACCCAUAAUCAAUCUGAUCCCACCAACUCCCUCUAAUAUUGUUGAUAACGGCCGGUUCUUUGACAGCAAUUUAGAUGAAUGUGUGUCUCAUUCAUCUGGCAGUGACAGAAGAUCUCCUGCUGGAGACCAGGAUACAAGUUGUAGCGAGGAAACAGAGGAAUCAGAGAAAGGAUUUACACUGGCUGAAAAUGCUGAGAGCAACCUUAACAGUGAUGAGUUGGAAGACAGAGAGGAGUCUGUUGUUUCUAGAAAUCUGGAUAAAGAGAGAUCAAGACCCGGAUUCUUAUCAAAUGCUUUUAAAGUCCCUCCACUUCCUAAGUUAUCAAAGAAAUAUGACUUGAGCGCCAAAGAUCAAAUCUCUUCCAACAUGCUGAAGACAGAACUUGACCAGCUCCCUGCCACAGCCCUCAUGGAUGCGUUUACCUUCCGUAAGCGACCAUUAAUGCGCUCCUGCAGUCUUGGUGAAACAACAUCUCAGACCUUUGCUUUCCAUACAUCAACGCAAACUACAGAUCAAAGAAAUGGAUCGCCUCAGAAAAGGCGUAUAACCAUUGCUUCUCAUGAGCCUCACUCGUUGGAUCAGAAUGGAAACUUCACUGAAAAGGAUUUCUCUCUCCAGGAUUUAUACAAGCAAAAGGCCAAAUCCUUGAGUGAGCUGAGCACAGAGGAGGUCUGCCAGUGGUUUACCAGUAUUGGACUGCAAAAAUGUCUCCCUUUCAUCAGAGAGGCUAAACUGUGUGGAUCGGACAUAGCUUCAGUUGAUGUCAGCACUCUGGACAUCCUCCAUAUCAGCUCACUGGAGGACAAGGAGCGAUUACUGUCAGCUAUUUAUAAGGAGCUCCACCCCCCCAGCACCAUCACUCAGACAAUUGACUCUUUGCUUGAGUCUUUAGGACCAAGUAAUGUAGAGACAUUCACUGCAGCUUUGGCAUCCAUGAGCAGGUCCACAUCCUCUCCCCAUGUAAGCUGUUUGAGUAUGAAUCAACGCUCUUUUAAGCUCAGCAGAAACAGCAGUCAAAACCUUACGACAUCAAGGAGUUCACAGAUGAUAGAGAUCACAAUUAAUGCAUCAGAGCGUAUUGUUCAUCUCAGAACUCCAAAGGAAACAACAGUGGGAAAAAUCAUGGACUCGUGUAUGAAAAUGCUUGGACUGGAUGGUGAUAAGACCCUAUUCACACUAAAAGAAAAGCAAGAUUCCCUUGAUGAGCUCUCCCUGGACCAGCAAAUAGGAGUCUUACUGAAAACACCUUUGGAGAACACACAGCUGGAGCUGCAUCUGUGUAAAAAGGACAAGCAAAUGAUUUCUAUAUCACAACCAAGUCCAGAAAUUGAUAGUGAAAAAGGCAACAUCAACAAAAACACCCAGGUGAACCAGCCAGGAAAAGAAGAGAGAAUCCGGGAGCUAAACCAACAAGUGGACUCUCUGCAGAAUGUCAUCCUUCAGGUCCAGGAGCUUCACCACGACCUGGUAGCAUUUUGCGCAGAGAUAAAGAACAUGGAUCCAAAUGCUAACCUGGACAAGCUGGGUUCUGCUGAGCUGAAACAGAGGCUUGAGAUGGUUAACAGCCAGUUGGAGGAGAAAAGGCAGAGGCUGCAGAUCCUCAGGGACAACAUUAACAACUCAGCCGCUCAUAAAAGCAGACAACUGGAGGUUCGUUUGCUGGAAAAGAUGAAGUUAAACUGCCAAGUGUUUAAGGAGGAAAUUAUCAUUGUACAUCUUAAUCGUCAAGCUGCUAAUCUCCUGAAUGCCUGGCAAGGAAGCUGCAUGAAGGAGAAAGCUCAAAAAAAGACUUCAGACUUUAGCAGUUUGGGUCAGCUUGUGACCCCUCAGUCUCCAGCCAUGCUAAUGGUGGUGCAGGAGAAGCAACUUCCUGAUGGACAUUAUGGCUUUAAGUGUUGCUACAGAGAUGGCAGUGGCCUGGUGGUGGUCAAGGCGGACAACUCUCACCUCUGUGUGGAGGACAGACUGAUGGAGGUGAAUGGGGUGUCUGUGGUCAACGCUACCCUUGAAGAGCUAAAUGAUCUGCUACAUGUAGGACCUUGUAUUCAGAUUGUCGUUCUUCGCCAACCUCCACCUGCUCUGGUCUCUACUUGCUUCAAAAAUGCUGUGGUCAGUCCAGAUGGAGAAUUCACAGGAACUCCCCCACAAAGAAAGGUGAUGGCAAUCUAACUUCAAAUAAAAAACAAGAAGGAGGCAACACAUGGGACAUACAGUGGGGAAUUGCAAAUGUAGUGAUAUCCAUUUAGUUAUUCCAAAUUUUGUAACCUUAGAAUCACAAACCUCUGUGUAUGGAUUAUAAUUAAUUGGAUUUAAUUGUCAAAUGGAAGAAAGAUGAACAAAAAAUUUGGUAAGUGUGGCAUGUAUUUACUUUGAUGCUGAAAAAUAAAAUCCUGUGCAACUAGUUGCAUUACUUAGCCACCAUCUUAAUCUGCUUAAUAUUGUGUGGCAAGAACAACCACUCCAUAUUUAAAGGAAUCCUCCAUCAUAAUGGCAAAACAUGUUGUUGGUAUAAUCAUGCUCUGGGUACUCCUAUUAUAGCCGUUUUGUUGGGAAGAUGGAAGGAGAAAAUUACAUGAGAAUCACGGAGAAGACACCAAAUAUAGCUGCAGAGCACCAGUCAAAUGGGUACAUGUGCAAAUCUGGUAGGGACUAACCCCCCAACAACUUGCAGCAUAAAGUACCAACAAAUAGGGCACAGAUACCAGUUUGAGAGCCAAAUGUUUAUUCAACUAUUGUCACCCAUUCCAGGUUGGCAAUAAUAAGUUAAACUGGAUUCACUAUGUAAUAGUCUUUUUCCUGAUUCAUAAAGGUAUGCAGGAGAUUGACAAAGCCAUGAUGGUAAAUUUUACUUCCAAGUAGUAUGCAGUUCUUCAUAUAUACACACACACACACACAUCAAUUUAAACAGAUGGUAUCAAUAUGG